AUGAUUGACGAGAAUUUGAUCCAUAAAUAUCUGGAUAAACAUAAUUCUCUCAACCCUUUUCUCCAUAGACUUAAAGAUAAUAAUAAGAAGAUGUUUCUCAUAACCAACAGUCCCUUCAAAUUUGUACCGUUCAGACACUAUGAUAUAGAAAGUGAUUGUCAGAAAUGGGAGAAAGUGUCGACUCUGGAGAGGGGGAACAUCUAUAUGGAGGGAACUGUUCAUCAGUUGCUUGAGAUGACGGGAUGGAAAGGCAACUCAAUUCUAUACUUCGGAGACCAGAUUUACAGUGAUUUGGCAGACAUUACGUUGAACUUCGGGUGGAGAACCGGCGCUAUUAUCGUUGAACUCGAAAGAGAAAUCAAAACUUUUAAUUCGGAGGACUUUAGAGAAGCUGUCAGUGCUUUACAGGCCUUACAACUACUUAUCGACGAAUCGCACAAAACUAAUGACAAUCAUCUGUUGGAUCAAUUGAUCCAACAAAGAGACGCUCUCAGUGAUUAUUAA